UGCUGAUGAACGCAAGGGAUUUGUACUCUACGACUUGCGUACAAUUACAAGUCAUCUAUCAAGCCCCGUCUCUUCUUUCUCUCUGCUCUGCCUUGUCGCUGCCUUGGUCCGCUUCCAUCAUCGGAUAAACUCCGGAGCGACAAGAGAUCUCUUGUUGAAUUACUGGUCUCGUGGAGAACUGAAGAGCCAAGAGCAUUACUGAAGCACAGAGUUUGAGCGGCAACCCACCAGCUAGCGUCAAAUUGGAAGGAAAAUAUGUCCAGCACUCAGGAUUCAGUAGAAGUGUUCGCCGUAGCGAUAGCACAACUGCCUUUAGACUCGCUCCACGCCGAGCGUGCCCGGCUGGAGAACUCGGUCGAGCAUCUUCUGAGAUCAAAUUCGGAAAUCCAAGCCUUUAUAGACAGCGACGAAGUAGAAUCCGCAGAGGAGCAGAAAGAGUUCGAAGGUGUGAUUAAGGAGAACGAAGAGAUUCUCGAGCAGCAGAAGCUGAGAAUCGAGAUGGUGAAGUCAGAGAUCAGCCAGCGCAGUAGGUAGCAGACACGUCAAAAACAAGCAAAACAAUCAUCGAGAGAUUCCGGGCCCGCCUGCUCUAAGUGCUCAGUAGCCGUCGACGGUUUACGCUGUUACUUCUAGAAUACACGCACUUCCUUCUCUCAAACUGGCAAAUGAUAACGAACCGGAUUUCCAUUUUUCAGUUUUUAGAUUUCGGAGACUAACCCAGACCGUGCCGCGCAGAGAAUAGUCUAUAGUCUAUGUACGUCAUUUAUAAAGGGGACGGGAGUACCAGUUUUUAAUAUACCCAAAACACGAAUUUCUGCCCCCACAAUAAGAUCAUAUCACCGCUACGUUAGCAGCCACCGCCGCCGCCGCUGCUGCUAAAUAGUGCUGCUUCACGC